GUGGUCCAGCCGGGGAUAUAAAAACCAUUCCUGACUCAGGGAGCUUCCAGCGGGUCCUCUUGGCUUCUCCUCGGUGAACUGAGUCCAGCCCAGCUCCGAGAUGUCCUGCGAGAAAACCUCGUGCCCCAAUCCGUGCCCGGACGGCCGCGCCGCCGCCUGCACCGAGCAGUGCGUGGUGGCCUGUCCCGACUCGCGGGUCAUCAUCUUCCCWCCGCCCGUGGUUGUCACCUUCCCGGGUCCCAUCCUCACCACGUACCCGCAGGAAACCGUGGUGGGCUCCUCGGAUUCGGCCGAGCUGGCCGGGGCGCUGGAAGCCGGAGUGGCCAUUGGAUCGGGCCAGAAGGGCCUGGAUUGUCUGGAUCCGUGCUGCCUCCAGCAAUUUGGGGCGAAAUGUGACCCACCGUGUGUCACCCCCUGUGCCCAGCCCUGCGUGGCCCCGUGUGUCACCCCGUGUGCCACCAAGUGUGCCCCGCCCUGUCCCCCUCCUUGUCUCCAGCCCUGUGCUCCACCCUGUCCUCCGCCUUGUCCCCCACCCUGUCCCCAACCCUGUCCCCAACCCUGUCCCCAGCCCUGCGCCACCAAAUGCGCCCCUCAAUGUCCCCCGCCAUGCCCCGCCCCCUGUGCCACCCCCUGUGCCACCAAGUGCGUGACCAAGUGCGUGCCCACCUGCCCCACGCCCUGUGCCACCCCCUGUGCCACCCCCUGUGCCACCAAGUGCGUCCCCGAGCGCUCCUACACCUUCUCCACCCGCUGGAAGCACCCGUGCCAGAGGGGCCGCUGCAAGGUCUGAGCGCUUUCGGAACGAAACGACCACGGAAAGGAACCGGGGAAGAAGCGAAGGAACMCAGAAUGUGACCCGAAGGCUGCCGGAGAGGGGGAAAAACGCCGCUGGAAAUCAGGACCGUGCCGUUGAGUUUAGGAUAGAGCUUUAGUUUAGGUUCAGGCUUUUCUUUCUUUCUUGGGGCUUUGCGUUUUCUGUCUGUGCUUUGGAUUUUUCCRGCCCAGUUUGACACCGAGCGUGGAUCGAAAUGAGGGAUUUGGGGAACAGUGGGGGAUUGGAAGGUCUCGGCAAGUGUGAGGGAAGGGGUGUCGGGCUGGAAGAUCAGGCUGGAGCGGGGUUUUGGGCUUUUCUCGUCUCUAGGAGUCAGCUCCUCUUCAUUAUUCCGCAUUUUUCUCUCUGCGAAUGUUGACUCCACUUUGCGUUCCUAUUAAAAUGGUGCUGCAUCAAAAAAAA